AACCUGCGGGUACCAGCCCAUCGCUUAUUACUACGGCACAUCGCGCGUCGUGGGCGGCACCAACACCCCACCAGGGAUCUGGCCCUGGAUCGUCAGCAUCCAGAUUCCCGUGGGAGUCGGCACGGCGCACUUAUUCCUCACCGCAGCCCACUGCUUCAUCGAGGCCAGCAACAUCACCAUGUGGCGUGUGGUCGCCGGGAUCACCCAGCUGAGCCAGCCGGGACCCGAGACCCAAGUGCGCCACAUCAAGUGGCUCCAGGUUCAUGAAAACUACAAUAACAACACGGAGAUGAACGACAUCGCCUUGCUGGAACUGGACCAGCCUGUCUACUGCGGCUACUACGUACAGCUUGCCUGCGUGCCCGAUGCCACGCUCAGAUUGUCGCAGCUGCGCACGUGCUACGUCAGCGGCUGGGGUGCCACCAUUGAAGGAUCUAAAAGACCCUCUGACAUCCUGCAAGAGGCCAGGGUCCAAAAGGGGAACACCCCCAGCCACAACCUGUGUGCUGGCUACAUGCAGGGCGGCAUCGACAGCUGCCAGGGUGACAGCGGCGGUCCUCUCGUCUGCAAAGACAGCCACGCAGACUACUUCUGGCUUGUGGGUGUCACCAGCUGGGGGCAAGGCUGCGCAAGAGCAAAACGCCCCGGAGUCUACACCUCCACUCAGUACUUCUACCACUGGAUCUUGAUGCACAUGGGACUGCAUCCAGCAUUGAGGGCUAACCAAGAAGCACGGCCAUGGGGUCAUUACCACACCCCCUCAACCACCUUUCAGAGGCCAAGACCAAGACCAGGGCCAGUGCCAAUACCAACACAAUCAGGCACCUUUAGCUCCUGCCCAUUUCCAGUCCAGAAGCUGGUGGAGUUCUUUACGCGGGUGCAGCAGCUCCUGCCCCUCCUAACAGGGUACAAGGCUUGA